AUGUUACAACAAAAGUUUGCAAUCCCAAUUGAGCAAUCCACAGCUCUAGCUGCUACCAAAACCUCUCCCGAUCAACCUAACCCAUCUCCACGUUCCAACAACAACAAUGGCAAUCGGGGUGGCCGAGGUCGUGGUAAUAACAACACAGGUAGAGGUGGAAAUCAAGGCAGAGGUAAUUGGGGGAGUCAACAGUGGAACUACAAUUACAAUCGGAAUAACAGAGGUGGUCGUGGCAGUAGUCGUACAAGAGGACCAUUUAGAGGAGGAAACUCCAAUGGUAGGGGAAUUCUACCUACACCCACUCAUAUGGGUUCUUCACUCGGGCAAUCACAACCAAAAAAUGUUGAGCAUGUCGUAAACCAAAGUUCUGGAGACGUCUAUUUGCAGCCAAACAUUACCAUAAAUCAAAGAGAGGUCCAAAGGUCAACUGUUGGUCAACCACCAUGCACGCCCAACCCUCUGUCACCACCCACUCCUGAAACUCCUACCAGACCCAUCAAGAAUCGAACUCAUCAUCAAUACCCAAUAGUUAAUUCAAAUAACCAAGUACGUUUCUCUCCUGGUGAUGUUACAGAAUCUUCAAUAGCCACCCCUGUGGCUUUUCCUUCUUCACCUCCUACUCCCGAUGUUUCUUCACCUGCCAGCCCUGUACUUUCAGAACCGGCCACUCCAUCCCGUGAAAGUCCAGAUGAUUUAAAUCCAGUUCUCAAGACUGUGUUCAUCAUCUCAGUGUGCAAUAAUCAACUUCUGAACUGGAUAGAAAGUGAGUUGUUAUGGACAUUUAGCUUCAUCCCUGGUGUUGCUUCUGUCCUCCCUCCAGUUGUAGCUAAAUUGCAUGCCAUAAAGGAUAAAUAUAUGGCAGCUACUCCUCCUGAUUCCUCAAGAAUCAAGGCAAAACCAUGGGAUCUUUCAUUUGCUUCAGUUUGGAACUCCAUUAUAUGGUUGAUGUUGUUGAAUUUCUUCUCUACCAUUGUUACUUCAACUGCUCAGAGUUACCUUAAGAAAGAACAUGAAAAAGAAAUGGCUAUUUUGAAAAAGAAAUUAGUUCGACAACAUGAUACUAAUUAGCUGUUUUUGGGAAGAAAAAAAAAAUUAUCAAUGGAAAUGGGAGAAGUGAAAAGACGAUUGUACCCUUGGACGGUUGAGGAUUUGUUGGACAUGGCGCCAUGUAUUUACUUAGUUGCAUGAGCGUUAGUGGUUUAUUUUUUUGUUCUUUUUUUUUUCUCGUUUUGUUUAGUUUUUGUAAGGUUGAUAUAUAUCGGAUUAAGUGUCGUUUUGUCAGAGAUGUGAUCUUGUUUAUGAUUAAUUGGACAUCGUCUCACGAUUGAUGGUUUUCAUCUAAA